AUGUCGCGACACUGCACAUUGGCUGUAGAGGCUGAAAUGUGGAUGAUGGAUAUCCCUGACAUAUGGAGUAAAUUAGCUGAGUUACUAGUGAAUGCCGUAUACUAUGAUUCAAAUCUCAUAUCCGGCUCUCGACCAUCGUUCAAAGAUUUUACAAAUGUGUUCUUGGAAGCAUCAAAAGAUGACCGAAAGGACAAGUCGUUCGAAUUACAUUGUAUCACUGAAGAGAAUGGUUAG